CUAGUCUCGCGUGCUACCGGCGAAAAAGUCACUGGUUCACUCGCUGUAAGUGGUAGCGGGUCGGGGGGCUCGGGGGGCUCAUCUUCCGGCACUUCAUCGUACACCAUGUACACCGGUGAUGGAUCAGAUUGGCCAAGCCUAGAUAAAUGGAUAGGUUCCUUUGAAGAUAUGUUCAACAACAACAAGCAGAUCCUGAGCAGUUCUUGCUCACAAUGGAAUGUACCUAACAAUAGCGAAGAGGAGAUCAGCGCCAUCCAUGAUGGAGUUCUGACGGUCUCUAAACAAACAAAUGUCGAUCCCAAGUACAUCUUUGCCACCAUCAUGCAAGAAUCCGGUGGGUGUGUCCGAGUUCCAUCGACGAAUGGUGGAGUUCAAAACCCCGGUAUCAUGCAAGACCACGACGGCUCUGCUAACUGCAUCAAUGUCAACCCUUGUCCCGCCAGCACAAUCACUAAAAUGAUUAGCGAAGGCACUGCGGGAACUGCUAGUGGCGAUGGACUUGCAAACUGUCUCAACCAGGCGGCCUCGAUGGGAGGGAAAGGAGCACAGGCGUUCUACUGGGCGUCAAGAAUAUACAACACGGGGUCUUACAUCGCAGGGUCUGACUUAGGAAAGCCCAAGUAUGGAACAUCUUGCUAUUCUUCGGAUAUGGCGAACCGUUUGACUGGCUGGGUUGGUCUUAAAACAUCUUGCACG